GGUACUUUGCAUGUGUAAUUGCAUUGUUACAUCUAAACCUUUUUAUUAUUUUGUAUUUUUAUAAUCAGAAAGCUCCUGAAACAAAACGGAACAGCGAGAAGAAGCCGCACUCUUCAGAGAAGCUGCCACCACACACUUAACGAGGGACUGCACUGUGCUGCUGUUAUUUAUAGCCUGCUGACAGGCGUGUUUGUUCUACUCGCGAUUUCUGAAACCAAAAACGGAUAAAAGCAUUUUUUUAUGGUGAGAAACCAAAGUGAUCUCGCUUAAAGAUUUGCUUUACAAACCUAUGUACUUCACAGAAAACAAAGACCAAGAGUUUGUUAGGAGUAAAAUGUGUCAGAUGAUUCGCCUGGAAAGUGUCAUCCGUAGAUCGUGCUUAUGCUUAAUAUUGUCCGAAAGCUCCUGAAACAAAACGGAACAGCGAGAAGAAGCCGCACUCUUCAGAGAAGCUGCCACCACACACUUAACGAGGGACUGCACUGUGCUGCUGUUAUUUAUAGCCUGCUGACAGGCGUGUUUGUUCUACUCGCGAUUUCUGAAACCAAAAACGGAUAAAAGCAUUUUUUAUGGUGAGAAACCAAAGUGAUCUCGCUUAAAGAUUUGCUUUACAAACCUAUGUACUUCACAGAAAACAAAGACCAAGAGUUUGUUACGAGUAAAAUGUGUCAGAUGAUUCGCCUGGAAAGUGUCAUCCGUAGAUCGUGCCUAUGCUUAAUAUUGUCCGUUUUUAACCUGCCUGUCAUAAAAUCCUCUAAUAUUUUACUUGGGACUGAAGGAAAGCCCAUCACCUUGUCUUCAAGUACAACUAAUAUCACGGAUAUUGAAAGUGUGACUUGGAAAAGAGAUGGAAACACAAUUGUAAUGUCUACCCAGAAGGAUCCAACUCCUGCUUGGAAAAACAGAGUACAGCUAAAUAGUAAUGACUGGUCUUUAACAAUCCACAAACUAAGGCUAGAAGACAGUGGAGAAUACCAGCAGGUGGUUUCAACUUCAAGAAGUCAGCUUCCAACUUACUGUGUCACACUUCAGGUAUAUGAAACAAUUAAAGAUAUUGUGAUCAGCAUAAAUAGAAGUGAAGCAAGUGGUAACAACACUUGCAACAUUACUCUGCUCUGCAUCACCAACAUCCACAAUCAGGUCAAUUACAGUUGGAUCAGACCAGAAUCCUUUAAUGGUGACACCUCAAGGAGCCAAGAUGGAAAACUCGACUUGUUACUUAGCCACAAAGAUAAAGACAUUGUCUUCACUUGCCAGGCUAGUAAUCCUGUGGAUAACAUCAAUAAAAGUGUACAACCUUGGAAGGAAUGUCAGCAUCAAAAAAGAGAGGGUAACUACAUGGAUUUGCUGCUGUAUGUUGCUCCCCCAUUUUUUGCUCUGAUAAUUCUGGUGGCAAUUAUGAUGUACUGCAGAAAACAUCAUAGGAAAGAAUUAGAUAAAGAAGAGAAAAUCAACCCAUAUACUGUUUACGCAGAAAUUGAAGCACCCAACAUAGGAACAAGUAAGGUGCAUGGAGCAUCUUGCAGUACCAUGAAGGUAAUGACUGAAUUACAGCUGUUACAAUACAAUACGGGUGGCACAGUGGCGCAGUGGAUAGCAUCUGGGAUGGGGAGUUUAUUACUGAGCAUGGACGAAUGGUGCUAUGAUCUGGAUUCACUCAGGGAGAGGAAUUUGAAAGAAUUUGUAGUCAUACAGGGCAUUGCCACUUGCAAG